AUGCGAAGCGCCGAUGUGACGGCACUCUCCCAUCGAGACGAGAACGUCAGUCGCAUGCUGUCAAUCAUGGGUGGUCUUUACGCCUGUCAAAACCCUCAAGUAUUGCGCGCUAAUAAUACAAAGCUAGUUCUUUGUGCCGAAGAUGGCGCCUUUCAAAAAUGGCUACAAAGAAUCUCGAGCUUCAUUGCACAACAUCUGGAAGCAAAGAGUUACGCCGGCUUGACUACGUUCGAGAGAAGUUUGAUCCGCUUUUCCAAUUUUCUCAACACGCUUUCCGCCAUUGCCCUGAACGAAGAACCGUUGGAUCGUCAGAUGGACUUUGAGCUUUCAUCGUCGCGCCCAAUCGCACCUAGAACUAUUUCAGACGAAGACGAAAUAGACGAUAUGCUCUCAUCCCUUAAGCAGUGGGCUAGACUACAGUCAAGGAUGGUCGAGUGGGCUCUCAAGUUGGAAAAGAGCACCAUGACACUUCAAUUUGAUAAAGAUAGCUAUCGGGAAGCCAUAGACCUCAAGGUACAAGGCCUCGAUAUCAUCUGUGAGGCAUCGGCUCUUCAAGCUCGAGUCAUCAACGAUCUCCUCCGACUGUCAGAAGAACCCGAUAGCCAGGUCUCUAUCUGCAUUACUCCUUACUAUCAUUGGACUCUCACUGGGCUGUCUCACCGCCUGUACCAUGAAGCCUGGAAAACACUCAAGUGCGAGCUCCCGGUGUUGCCGGCCGAAUCACUCCAUCAGCAAGCACUAGUUACGCUUAGCUGCGUUGAGACGCUUGCCAGCCAAUCAGGCUUUGAUGUCGCACUGUAUCUGCCUUUUGCCGACUUCAUAGGACGAGAGAUGGAAACGCCGACAGAGCAAACUCGUGUGCUUGCGUUCCUCGAAAUUGUCAGAUCUCGUGGCUUUGGACUGGCAAACGAAUACAGGAAAGGCUUGCUAGAGACCUGGGGAGCUGCCACGCCAGCUGGAAUGUCUCAAAACUUGUUGAUAUGUGAUCCGAGCCGUGGAGGUCCCGAAACUUCGGGCAGAGACUGA